CUGACGUGGUCGUACUGAGUGGAUGCCAAUCGGUUUAGAUAUGCUCUAGUCGGAACCGCGAGGAUAGACGUUAACCAAAUAGUCCUGCAGGCAGUGCUGCUGUCGUUGGGUCCCAGACGAGGCUGAACCUGCUGUAAAGCCUUGCGGACAGUGGACAGAACUUUGCGCACAGUGACCCUACUUGCCUCACAGUGCAUUCGGUUCUGCCAUGUCACCCCGAGCCACAUCGGACGAGCUGUCGGCUCUCCGAAAUCCAACACCAGGACUUGCCUGACUUUUGCGUGACGACAACAUCACUGCAAGUGGUGCGAAAUCCAGCACGAUAAAUGCAUGUCAAACAAGUCUCUAAAGACGUCCUCAAGAGUGAUUUGAAAGCACUUCACCUGAUUUUAAUGAUCGAGAGCGACCGACCCUGGAGGAUGACUGGUAAACCGGCAAUUGAAGUGCAGCCGGACAAUACCAGAAUGGUGUCAGAUGAAGCCUCAAGAAGACUGCACUGAUUCAGGCCGAGGUUGCACCGCCCCGGGGAUGAGCCGAUUAUUCUGAGUUGCUGUGAAGGCCGAGAGGGUUUGCAGCCUUGUAUUAGCUAACUGUCGGACAACUCGGGUGAAAGUGGUGAACCGGAGCUUCAAUGGUUGUAACUCAGUAACAGUAAAAUGGUGACGGCCGGCCUCGAGUACAUAUUGUCUCUUAGACCUGCAGACCAGAGAGACUUUUAACCCAAAAGAAAGAGGACUUCGUUGACAAUGCGGGUGACGAGUUGGUCGGAAUAAAAGUGUUGUCAAGCAGUCCAUUAAGUGACGGGGAAGAGGCUGCAGUAUAUCUUCUCUGUCUGCCCCGGCGACAAUGACAACAACCAGCACAACCACCACCACCAAAACUAUUUUCGCUCUUCUCAAAAUUCGAAUACCCUGACCGAGAAAACAAUAGAUCAUUCUCUCCUGCAAGAACGAAAAGUACUUAUUGUUCUGCUCGCCAUUUUGACCAGACCCCUUAUAUGCUCUGCAGGUGCAUAGGUCCGGGGCGGCCACCGACAGGAACAACAUCAACAAAACAAACGCCAAGUACCGUGCAGGAAGCUGCACUUACCUACCUUUCGGUCAACAUCCGAGGUCGCAGUGACACACAAGAAUGCCUCCAAAGAAGAUCAAACGCGAAUCGCUCGGCCAGAUCUCAAACGUCAGCUUGGACGAGCAUGCUAGCAUCAACAGCGGCGAAGCAGGCAACCAUCCAUUCUUCGAGAAGAGCCUGCAGCCAGUUCCAGUUCCGUCUCAUACGUCCUCAAUCACCUGGAAGAGCAAAGCCGUAAAAGAAAAAGAGGAGUUCGAACGCGUCAAGCAACGAGUCAGACAUUUCGCUCCUGAGCAGUUCAGAGCCAAGGCGAAACCAGGUCACGCACCGUCGGAGAUCUUUCCUCAGAACGUUGGCGAGUGGAUUACCCACAAGAAAGAGAUGCUUGCCAUGGCCGAGGCAGAGAAACAAAAGAACUGCGACUUGCUCAAAGCACAGAUCCUUGCGCAAGAAAAGAUCCCGAAACAUCAGAGAAAGCUCAAACCAGUCUUUGGCAAGGAUGGCAAGGUCUUCACAAAUGGUCUUAGUCCCGUUCUCGGUCUCCCUACCAUCUGGUCCGCCGAGUACAAGGGUGAGCCUGCACCUUGGCCCACUGUUGGAGAGAUGCAAUGGAAUGGUGACAGUAGAGAAUGCGUGCUUGCAAGAACCAAAUGCGGCCGAUUUCUUCCCCCUCCACGUGUUCCGGCAGAGCCAAAGUCAUCGGUGCCAUUUCAAGACCUGCCAUACAAGAGACAGCUCCCUUUAGAUCAGACAGGACCGAUCUUCUGCAACGGACCGCGACCGGACGAAAUUCAUUCCAACAACGCUGAAAUGGACAACGAUCCAGAGUUUGAGGCUCAAGGGAACUUCUAUCUGGGAUCAGAGCUGAUGGAGGAGCUGGGCGAGUGGAAGCCACCCUAUGUUCCAGAAUGGCAACAGGAGCAGCAUGCAAUGGAGGAAGAGCUUGCAGUUCAAGUUGCGGCCAACUACUCAGAGCAAGUUGCCGCCCCGGCAUUCGGCUACACUGGGUAUGCAGAUAUGAACACUUCGGGCUGGUAUGACGGCAACUUCCAGGAUCUGGCGUGGGAGAACUAUCCGGUCUGGUGGUGAAAGUGGUGACCGGUCCAAGGAGUCCGAUGUGGAUGGGUAAGAAGGACUUUCGAGGACCCUGCCGGCAAUGUCUGUGUAUCAAGAUCUCACUCCACGCUCCGCUGCGAUUAGCGAAUGCUUCUGUCAGGCUUACCAGGUCCAGCCAUUACUACGAGCUGGCCAGCACCAGGAAAUGCACCAGGAAACGGCGAUUUGAUUUCUGCAAGAAAUGGAUUGGGGCUGCGGCGGAGCGUGAAAGGGAGAGCUAAGGCAGAUGCAGCCACAUGCAAGCAAUGAUGAAAGUGUGCAGCAGGUUAAGCUUUGAGGAAAAGCAUGAGCACCACAUAAUAAUCGGUUCAGUGCUUGCCAUUCCCUGG